UUCACCCAAAUCAGAUUAUUUUUUCCACCACCGAAGCUACAGAGCCGCUUGUCAUUCCACUAGUGAACCCAGAGUGGAGUCUUUGAUCCCUCUCUCUUGUCUCCUCUUGCUGUUCGUCUCCGCAGCCUCUCGCUACCUACGUCGUCGCCACCGUGUCGCCUUGUCCGUUCUCGUCGGCUGCUUUUGACAUGGCUAGUAUAGCAUGCCUCUCCCGCACCAACUCAAUCACCACCUCUUAUCCCUCAAAAUCAAAGACAUUCUUAAAACUCGGUCCAAGCAAAGGUUACUAAAGGAAAAGUGUAAAGCAAGCACUAUUGCUAUUCCUGGAGUGCAGGAGGUCAAAGAGUUCUCUUCCUUCUUGGGCAGAGUUUGAACUAGGUAGGGCUCCAGUGUUUUGGAAAACCAUGAAUGGUCUUCCUCCCACCUCGGGUGAGAGCUUAACACUCUUCUAUAAUCCUGCUGCGAGCAACUUGACGCCAAAUGAGGAGUUUGGCAUUGCUUUUAACGGGGGUUUUAAUCAGCCCAUCAUGUGAGGUGGUGAGCCAAGGGUGAUGAGAAUUAAAGAGCGAGGUGAAGCUGAUCUUCCAAUUUACACAAUUAAGAUACAGGCUCCAAAAUAUGCUGUUAGCCUAAUUUUUUCAUUUACGAAUGGAGUUGAGUGGGAUGGCCCGUAUAAACUUCAAUUUCAAGUUCUUAAGAAGUGGAGGAACAAACCAAUAACAUUUUUUAACGAGGGUUUAGCUGAAGAGUUGAGUAAAGAAGGUGCUUGCGAAGGAGCAAUCUUUCCAGAUUCUCAUGUGAUCAUAGAGAGUUGCAAAAUUGACGACUUGUAUUUGGAGGGUGGUGACAGAUGCAAGUUAGAUCUUUUGAUGGGUUGCAUGGAUCCAAAUUCUCCAUUGUACGAUCCUUUUGCCAAUGUUGAUGAUGGCUCUUGUCCGGUGGGGUCUGAUUCUGAAGAUGAGUAAUGUAUAUUGAGAAUGACAUCAGGCGGGAAAUUUGGGUAGAAAUUAAGAACAAACCAAGAUAGUAUAUAUAUAUAUAUAUAGAAAUGUACAUCCAUCUGCUCAUGAUAUUAUUAUACUGUAUAGUGUCCAGCAUUCGCAUUUAUGCGAUUCAUUCAGUACUCAACCACACAAUACAAAACACGUUGCGUGUAGCAUUCAAGUAUAUGAUUAUUAGUUGGA